UAGACAUACAUAUUACGCUACUACUAAUUGAUCCAAACAAGCAUUCAACAUUAACAUUUUAGCUUCAGCUUUAUCCUCGAGUUAGAAUUUGUAUUCAAGAAAGACAUUCACACAAGGGGUAAUAUAAUUACAAAAGCAUUUAUUAUAAAGGGCUGGACCUUAAAAAUACAUCUGGGGCAAGUUCAAGCUCAAACCGGUGCACCGUUUUGCUACGGUUUCCGGAGUGAACGACAUGUUUCCUGGAAACGGUGUGCAGUACAACGGUGUUUGAGAUGCGUUUUCUCCAUAGACACUUUUCUCCUUUUCUCUUGUUUGGUGGGUGUGUCAAACACAAACAUGUUAGUCCAAUCAGCAGCAACAUGUAGAUAAACCUUGCAGUAUUAAAGAGAAGGCUCGCACAAAACAAAAUAAAUUCACAAGAGUCAUGUAUGCGGUUGUUACCUUGCAAGACUCAGAUGAGUUGAUGGUGGUACCAUCAGAUUGGUUGAGCUUAGACAAGAGACACUGUUACUGGCCUCCAUUCAAAUCCAUAGAGAAGUGUAUGGAAGCUGUUCAGAACAAACUUUACCCUGAAACAGAAGGCAAACCAUGGGAGAAACUACGCAUUAUCUUUCUCGGAGAAUAUGGCACUUUUGAGAAGGCAAAAGAGGGGCUCAAAGAAUAUGAAGAAUGGUCAUAUCCAUUAGAGACUGUAUUACCUGGAAUAAAAAGAGAGGGACUUGAUAGCACUCAAGGAAUGUCAAAUAAUCAGCUACAACCACUUUCUCCAGAAACACCUGCAUCUCCAUCCAGAAUGUCAGCUGAUGACAAGGUUGAAAUACUUCAAAUGAUGAGAGACGUCAAGAGCAAUGUUCAGCAAAACUCUUCCAUGUUAAAAAAAAUACUCAAAGACAAUACAGUUUCCGAAGGCCCCAGUAGAACAUUUGUGCCUUCCAAAACCCUAAAACUGCCUCUUAGAACCUUUGAAGAUGUGGACAGGACUGAAAUGGAGCUCAAGAACACAACAACACGCAAAAAAUAUGUAAAAUAUUUGUCAAGGCUUGGAGGUUUUAUUCCCAAGGACGUGGUUAAGAAUAUUAUGCAGCAAGUCUUAACAGAUGAUCUGGCUGUGCAGUUCAACUGGGUGGGGAGAGGAGAUAAAAAGGCCUUCUCUCAACUUAUUUUAACAGAUGUGAUCCGAGAUGCUGCAUUAGCCCGAAAUGUAAACAGGGGUCACUGUGAAACUGAAAUAAAAAAUUAUCUGAGAUGUGCAGCUGGUCGGAAGAAACUAAGAGAAAAAAAGGAGGUUUUGGGCAUGAAAUUCCAAAUGGAAUUUCUACCUCAAUGACGGACAACCAGACAGAGAGGGAAAUACCUUGGAACAUUUUUUAAUAAUUAGUUUUUGAUAGGGAUGCACUGAUACUACUUUUUGAUGAACAAGGUCGAUACCAAUAUAAAGUACCGAUCCCUGUAUUUUCAUUUGUUGACUUUGUUCAUUUAGCAAAUGAUAUACAGUAUCCUUCAGUUAUUUUCAUAAUUAUGCUCAUUAAAAUAUAUUCUACAUGAACAUUUUCUGAUAUGUAAGUCGCAUUUAUUUUUUU